AUGAGAUCGCUUUUUCUGCUGUCACUGUUGAACUUGAUCAUCCGUGUACUGGCUGCUGGUAGCAAAGGCACUGAUGACAUCAUUGUCAAAGGCUGUGCAAGCUAUAUGACCUUAGGAUUCUCAUGGAAUUUCUGCAAAAAGAUUAACAAGAAGCAGCGAGUAGCGUGCUUCUGCCCACAAAGCGAAUGGCUGGAUUCUGUAGUGGCCUGCAUAGAUGGCCUCGAUGAUGACCCAACUAAUCUCAAUUUUCAUCUCAAAGCUUUGAAAGCAUAUUGUAAAAAGGGUAAUGUGACGACCGACCAAAUCAGUUCCGCCCAAAACCAUGUGGGUAACUUGGCAAUGUUGAAUACCUCCAUCAACUCUUACAAGCCUAGAAAAGUUACUACAGCAUUCAAAUUACCUGUGAGUCAGUAUAGAUGGGGCCUCAAUGCGUAUUCGGUCACUCAAAAUACCACUGAUAAAGCUACGACAUAUGGUAUUGGGAUGAUGUGCUUUUGGUAUGGUAUAGUACUGAUACGUUCAGUUUUCCAUUGGACUCGCAACUUUUUCCCAACUUUGCCGCACAAACUAGAUAAUAAAGCAACACGCUUGAUCAGAAAAUCCAUUUGCUGUCCACCUUUACUCACUUUUCACCAUAGCACUCCAGCCACUUUGGGAAAAAGUUCAGUGGGUACGUUCUUCACUUUUAAUUUGCCCACCCGUCAGUCUGCAUUUAUUGUAUUGUGCUAUGUUGCUAUUAAUCUUGCACUACUAUUUGCAGGGCUUGAUAUUGUGGAGUACAACUACAAUUAUGAUUCGUGGAGUGCCCAGUAUAGCAAAUUUCUCUCCGUGCGCUCCGGCUGGCUAGUUGUUUAUACCUUGCCAGUUAUGUUCUUGUUUGCUGGUCGAAACAAUUUCAUGAUUCACAUGACUGGCUGGCCCCUUGAUGAGUUCAACGUAUUCCACAAGUGGCUAGGUCGCUGCUGCUUUUUGAAUUUGGUGGUACAUGCUGGAACAUAUUCCUACGUUCGUAUCCACGGUGGUAGGUACAACUCUAUGUGGAGUACACCAUACUGGCAAUGGGGUAUUGCGGCAAUAUUCUUCGCUGGUCCUAUGGUAUUUUUGGCAACACAUUGGUUCAGAAAGCUCAGCUAUGAAAUUUUCCUUGUUAUUCACAUUCUUUGUGCAAUUGGAUUUGUUGUUGCGGGAUACUAUCACUUAGAUGUUCUUAAAGAGGAUAUCAGAGUGUACUACGCUGUUUGGGCCAUUUGGGCGUUUGACAGGGCAGCUCGUCUAGGCAGGGUUCUCGUUGCCAGUCCGUUUUCCCGAGCCACAGUGACAUACCAUAGCAACGGUAAUACUCUUGAGCUAACAAUCAAUUACUCAAAAUUAUGGAAGGUUCCUCCUGGCUCUUAUGUGUUUGUCCAUAUUGUUCAACCGACAUUUUUCUGGGAGUCACAUCCAUUCUCCAUGAUGCAAGGCGUUGAAGAAGACCACAAGGGCUCUAUCAAGCUUUUUUGUCGUGGUUUAGAUGGAAUGACAAAAAGGAUGAUUAAAAAAUGCCUGCAAAACAAUGGCUCUUUUGAGACCUAUGUAUGGCUUGAUGGCCCCUACCAUCAGUAUAUCAACACUAGUGCUUUCAGCGAGGCUUUCUUCAUCGCGGGUGGAAUUGGAAUCACAGCACCUUUUUCCUAUGUACAAGGGCAUAUCUCAAAAGGCUUCAAAGACAUCACAGUUCAUUGGGGUAUCAGAGACACUGCGCCACUCGAAUGGUUCGCGGACGAGAUCAGCUAUAUGCUUGAUCAUGGAGUCCAACUAUAUGUUCAUGUUGGAGAUGAAACUCCUAUUCCUUCUUCGAACGCUUCCUUUGUUUCACAAGGCAAAGAAAAGGCCACAAUGUCCGUUUUGGGCCGUGUAGAGCUCAAACAAGGACGCAUGGACAUUAUGAAUAUUGUGACUGCUGCCGCAAAUAAUGCCAGCGGACCUCUAGCAAUACUGACCUGUGGUCCAGGUCCCGUCAAUGACUUGUCACGCCAAGCGGUUGUUUCCAAUCUUACCACUUCGCCCCACUACAUUGAGUACUUUGAGGAAUCGUUCAGCUGGUGA